AUGUCACCACCACCCCCAGAAGGGGAGAAUUAUGAUCAUAUCAUCACAGGGAGUGAAGUCGGCUACAUAUCUUCACAGAAAAAGCGCUCUAAUUCAGAUGCGACGGAAUACCCUAGAAGGAGGGCAACUAUUGCUUGCCAAAUAUGUCGACUGCGCAAAACAAGAUGCAACGGAGCUCGGCCAAAAUGCCAACUCUGCUCAGACCUCGACGCUGAAUGCGUCUAUCGUGAACCAGGCAUCAAACUCGACGCAGGAGACAAAUUAAUACUCGACCAUUUAGCCAGAAUAGAAGGCCUCCUUCAUUCAAGCCUAGUGGGCCACCAAGGCCAACGAUCUAUUCGAUUAGCCUUAUCUUCAACCUCCCCAGCAACAAGCAAUGACACCAAUCUCGCCAACGAAGACCCAAUGAUGCCCAAAAUACCUAAUAAUAAAAUUUCAGCAGCAGGACUCGGCUCCUGGGCCAAUCCGCCCCAAAAUAUCAGCAUUUCCACAAUGCCAAAGGUACACACCACGCCGGCCCUACAUCUUCUACAAUGGCCACUUAUCCGAGACUUAGUCUCGCGACCCUACGAUCCGCAAAAUCUCCUCCAACUCGAAAUGGCCCGGGAACCGCUCCGAAUGACGCCGAGUCCUACCCCUACUGGGGCUCUUGAUUUAGCAAAUGCACCGGCUUACGUACGAGCCUUCUUCAGCCACGCAAAUAUCUGGUACGCAUGCGUGAAUCCAUACACCUGGCCCCGAUACUACCGAACCGCGCUCGCAAAGGGGUUCCAAGACGGACCUGUGAGUUGUCUGGUACUCCUAGUUUUGGCUUUGGGGGCAGCGAGUCGAAAUGGGAGCAUUGCUUUUAUACCGAAAGAUACGCAAGCGCCUGGACUUGCGUAUUUUGCUGCGGCGUGGAAUCUCUUGCCAUCCAUUAUGAUGCGGAAUUCCGCCAUUGCGACUCAGUGCAUGGUUCUUGCUUCGGCGUAUCUGUUCUAUCUGGUGCGUCCGUUGGAGGCUUGGACAUUGUUGUCGAACGUAAGCAUGAAAUUGCAGUUACUGUUUGGAAACCCGAGUCGUGUUCCAGCGCAAUGGAAAGAGCUUAGUGUGCGCGUUUAUUGGAAUGCUUUGCUUUACGAGAGUGAUCUUUUAGCGGAGCUAGAUCUCCCACAUUCUGGAAUUGUUCAUUUUGAAGAAAUUGUGGAUCUACCUGGAGGAUUUGAGGAAGAAGAAGACGAUGAUGACGAAGAAGAUUAUGAUGAUAACGGGGAACUAAUUCAUGGCGGCGACACCGGAGAAGAGGACCAUCACCACAUUGCUGAAAUACUACCAAACGGACAAGCACAACAAGCAGGAAGAGAUGAGCUCUGGUACUUUUUAUCAGAGAUCGCCUUACGAAGACUACUGAACCGAGUCAGCCAUCUCAUAUACCAAAAGGACAGUACCCACACCCUCUCAUCAUUAGGACCAAUAGUCUCAGAACUGGAUUUCCAACUAUCACAAUGGUACGAGAGUUUACCUCAACCAGUCCAAUUCCCUCUCGGUCAACUACCAUCCAAUAACCCGGUGCAAACGGUCCUUCGACAUCGAUACAACGCAUGUCGCACAAUCAUAUACCGCCCAUACAUACUAGCAGUCUUCGAAAACGAAUCCGUCGGCGCAGACAACGAGGCUCUAGAAUGCUGUCGAAGAUGUCUAGAUUCUACCCUGCGCCAACUAGAACAUAUCACCAGUCACCGCGAAGGACACCUCCCUUAUCUGUGGCAAGGAGCGCUGUCGAUGGUAUCACAGGCACUCCUAAUUAUGGGCGCUACAAUGUCACCGACUCUUUCGACCUUGCUUCCGCCUCCGUUGAGAGUUGAUGCGAUUAUCUCGGGUGUGGUGGUUGAGGUGGAGAGGUAUUCACACUUGGCGCCGAGCUUGAAAUUAUCGGCUGAGAUUAUUCGGGAUGCUGAGCGUCGACGACAGAUUUGGUUGAGGUCGGCGGGGCAGAGAUUGUUUGAAGGCUGA